CCUGUGGACUGUGUCGCAGCGUCCCCGGAGGGACUGACGGAGCAUCUGUUGGAAUACAACUCCACUCCGAGCAGCAGCUCCAGCAUCCCUCAGCACCGGCGAGGCGCGAUCACACGGAGGAAAUAAACGCGUAAAUGGAGUUUCAAUCGUCGUCGUGACUGUUCUCCACCGCCUCUCAAUCUGCAGAAGAUCCUGCGUUGAAGUCGCAGCAGCAUCCACACCACCGCGGCUCUCUCCCUUAGCAGACAUGGGAACCGUCCUUUCUAUAUCUCCCGCGUCCAAGAAGGCUUCUAUUAUGGACGGUGAAGUCGCGGGAGAUGGACUCAAAAACGACAAAAGCCUCAAGCGGCACUCGAUGUUCGUCUCUCUGUCCUGGAAGAAGCUGGUGGCCAAUUCGGCCAAGAAGAGUGCCAAGAAAGUGACCCCGAACCCGCUGCCCACCCGCGAGCUCCCGUCCAGCCAGGUGGCUCAGCUCAACAGCGAAAACAUCAGGAAAACGCACCAAACCGAAGAGAAGAAACCCAAAGCGCCCAUCCCGGUCCCGGUGCCCACGGUGCCCAAGCAAAACAACGAGGCUGUCGUCCAAAACGGGAGGCUCUCCACGGUCCAGAAGCAACCCAGCAGCCUGUCCCUGGUGUCGCCGAGGCGGAUAGUGAUCCAGGCUUCAACAGGAGAGCUGCUGCGCUGCUUGGGGGACUUUAUGUGCCGCAGGUGUUUCAAACUGAAAGAGCUGAACAGCGGAGAGGUGAUCCUCUGGUUCCGAAACAUCGACCGGACUCUUUUGCUCCAGGGCUGGCAGGACCAAGGCUUCAUCACGCCGGCCAACGUGGUGUUCGUGUACCUGUUGUGCGAAGACACCAUAGCGGACAGCGUCGACAGCCCGGCCGAGCUGCAGGGCACCUUUCAGACUUGCCUCUACCUCGCCUACUCCUACAUGGGCAACGAGAUCUCCUACCCGCUCAAGCCCUUCAUGAUCGAGUCGAACAAGGACGUUUUCUGGGAGACCUCUCUCCGGAUCAUCAACAGGAUGAGUGCCAAAAUGCUGCAGCUGAACGCAGACCCGCACUUUUUCACCGAGGUCUUCCAGGAUCUCAAAAACCAACGAGACACCAGCGACUCAAACCUGGACCGCUGACAUGGGAACGAACAAGACACUGGUGUUUUAUUAUUAAGAUGAAUGUUUUGCAAAGUCACAUGACGGUGAUUUUGAAUGAAAGGGCCAACGUUGAAGGCUCCCCACCUGUGGGCUGAAUAUCUCUCUCGUGAUCAACAACUUCAGUAUGGUGUUUAGGCUACAGUGUAGGAGAUUUCAUAAAUGCAUGCCAAUGGUAUAUUGUCCUCUUUUGUCUUGUCCCUCGAGUGACACAGGGAUCGAGCUCGUGGUGUAAAUCACAUUGUUAGUGACACUCAAACCCCCGAUUCAUUCAUGAUUAGCCUACUUUCCGGGUAAGAGUAGGUGUCGCAGUGAGGUGAGGUUCCAGGCAGGACCAGAAUAGAACUGUGUUUGUGAGGAGGCGGAGCUGUCCGAGGUGCUGACCUGUGCAGCCAU